AAUCAAACCCCUUCAGUGUUUUGUAUUUCUGCUGCUACAAAGCAGAUGUUCUCGCGCCAUACCCUGCUCCUGCUGUGACGUCAGGAUGAGAGGGGUUUGCCCCUCGCGCAUUAGGAGGGAACUACAGGAUGAGCCGAGCUCGUGCAGGCUGUCACUGCCGCCGCCCAAUAGACACCCGCGAUCCGGAGCGCGAGCAGGACGACCUCCUCCCAAUCCAGAGGCCGGAGCGCGAGCCUGUCCCUGACCUCGAUUCGGUUUGGAUGCUUUAGCAACGAUCGGCAGACUGUUCGGCGAGCGCGAGAGGAGAGAGUGUGGGACAGAGACGGAUUUUUGGGAUACAGCUGUCGCGCGUCCCGACUCUCGGUCUUGCAAUGGGAUGCACGUUAAGUGCAGAGGAGCGCGCGGCUCUGGAUCGCAGCAGAGCCAUCGAGAAAAACCUGAAGGAGGACGGAAUAAGCGCAGCCAAAGAUGUCAAAUUACUGCUGCUGGGCGGAGGGGAGUCGGGCAAGAGCACCAUCGUCAAACAGAUGAAGAUUAUCCAUGAAGAUGGGUUCUCUGGAGAUGAUGUAAAGCAGUUUAAACCUGUGGUCUAUAGCAACACCAUUCAGAGCCUCUCCGCCAUCUUGCGAGCCAUGGAAACUCUUGGAAUAGAGUACUCAGACAAGGACAGAUAUGCAGAUGCUAAGAUGGUUUUUGAUGUGGUGGGUCGUAUGGAAGACACAGAGCCGUACUCUACAGAGCUGCUGGGUGCAAUGAUUCGUCUGUGGACCGAUACUGGAACUCAAGCGUGUUUCAACCGCUCACGAGAGUAUCAGCUCAACGACUCCGCACAAUAUUACCUUGAUAGUUUGCAGCGCAUUGGGUCUCCAGAUUACCUGCCCACUGAACAAGACAUUCUCCGAACCCGAGUCAAAACUACUGGCAUUGUCGAGACACACUUUUCAUUCAAGAAUCUUAACUUUAGGCUGUUUGAUGUGGGAGGACAGAGAUCAGAGAGGAAGAAAUGGAUUCACUGCUUUGAGGAUGUGACAGCCAUUAUCUUCUGUGUGGCAAUGAGCGGAUACGACCAAAUGCUCCAUGAAGAUGAGACCACGAACCGUAUGCAUGAGUCUCUCAUGCUCUUCGACUCUAUAUGCAACAAUAAGUUCUUUGUCGACACCUCCAUCAUCCUCUUCCUCAACAAAAAGGAUCUUUUUGGUGAAAAGAUUGUCAAAUCUCCUCUGAGUAUCUGCUUCCCGGAAUACACAGGCCCAAAUACAUUCGAAGCGGCCGCCUCGUACAUUCAGGGUCAGUUUGAAACCAAGAACCGCUCUCCUAACAAAGAGAUCUACUGUCAUCUAACCUGCGCCACAGACACCGGAAACAUCCAGGUGGUUUUUGAUGCUGUGACCGACAUCAUCAUCGCCAACAACCUGCGCGGCUGUGGCCUCUACUGAGCUCCCAAUGCACUUGUUGCCCUGCAAAAAAAAAAAAAAAAAAACGGUAACAAGUGACCGAACUGACACCCCCUGUGACUUUGGCCAAGGCACUCCCUAAUUUCAUUUCACUGUCAGUUUAUUUUGAAUUGAUAUUUUUUGUUUAGAUUAUCGAUCCCUCGUUUUCUUUUGUAGUUGGUCAGUACAUUGCUGGAGUAAAUAACGUACGGGUGUGCAUGUAUAGUGUAAAAUGAGCGUUCGGCCGGGCAUAGAUGCUUUACGCAUGAGUGCAUGUGUGUGAGUGUCAGUCACGACGAGUGAGAGUGUUUGUCGGGUGAAAACACACGAAGGGUUACAGCUGCGUGAGUGCUGACUUGAUCCUAAAUGAAAACGAUCUCAAAAGCAGGCUUUUCUAAAAAAACAAACCUAAAAACUGAGAGCACAUUAUACUGGGAAUCCUUUAGCAGAGCUGAAUGUCAUUUGAGAAACUGAAUGUCUUAAGCCAAAGUUGUUCAAGACUGUCGUCCUUUAUAUUCGGGGAGGGGUGGUCUCGACUUGCUGGCUUCAGGCUGUGACGUAAAAAUGCCUUUCAGCGAAUGAAGCCUCUUGACAAAUUGUGACGUUGACAACAUUCUCACUCAACAUGAGCACAAAUAGUUCAAAAUCGUUUCAUUUCUGUAUAAAUUAUGAUGUAGUUUAUUUAUUUAUAUAAUAAUAAGCGCAUGUAUUUACAUUUUUUUGUAUCGCCCCGCACUCCGUGCACCCUAUCCAUGUUGGGCUAUGAAUACAAAUGAACUAGCUUACAGACUGUAGAGCGUAAACGAUAAGACAGUAAUUCUGACUCGUAUAUAAGUGAAUUACUGAACGCUUCUUUUUAUCUCACUCUCUCUUCAGCUGAUCAUGUGCGAGAGUGUGUGUACAGAUGUGUGUGUGGUGCAUGCACACUCUUUUAUUCAACCAUGACCUGUUACUUAACCCAGAUUUCUUUUCCCAUUUUCCUCCUCUUUUUUUCUCUGCUGUGGAUGGAUUUUUUUUUGUUCAGUGCACUGAAUGUUCUCUUUCCUCCCUUGGGGUGAUACCGCACUGUACUGCUGGGUUUAGUCUUCUGACCGACCAAUGAAAUGUUUACAUUAAAAAAGAAAACACUUUAGCACCAA